CCAAUCCCGCCUGCCAGCACUAGGGUUUCCGCUCCGCCAUGGCGGGAACCGCCGCCGCCGCUCCCAUGGACAUCGACGCCGCGGCGCCGCCUCCGCCGCCGCCCGGGGCGGCGGCCAAGGGCAAGGCGCCGCUCUCCGCCGGCGGGAGGGCGGCGCCCUGGGUCGAGAAGUACCGGCCCCAGUCCCUAGCUGACGUCGCCGCCCACCGCGACAUCGUUGACACCAUUGACAGGCUUACAAAUGAGAAUAGACUUCCGCACUUGUUGCUAUAUGGGCCACCUGGCACUGGGAAAACAUCUACGAUUCUGGCUGUUGCGAGGAAGCUAUAUGGGUCUCAGUAUAGCAACAUGAUCCUGGAGCUCAAUGCAUCAGAUGAACGUGGUAUUGAUGUUGUCAGGCAGCAGAUCCAGGAUUUUGCUGGCGCACGCAGCCUCUCUUUUGGAGCGAGGCCUUCUGUUAAGUUGGUCCUCUUGGAUGAAGCAGAUGCAAUGACAAAGGAUGCACAAUUUGCAUUGCGAAGAGUCAUUGAGAAGUAUACAAGGAGCACAAGGUUUGCACUCAUUUGCAACCAUGUCAACAAAAUUAUCCCUGCACUUCAAUCAAGGUGCACUAGGUUUAGAUUUGCUCCACUAGACGGAAGUCAUGUUAGAGAGCGUCUUCAACAUAUAAUAAAAUCUGAGGGGCUCAGUGUAGAUGAGGGUGGCUUGACAGCCCUAGUGCGGUUAAGCAAUGGUGAUAUGAGGAAGGCUUUGAACAUAUUGCAGUCAACACACAUGGCAUCCCAACAAAUCACAGAAGAAGCUGUCUAUCUUUGCACAGGAAACCCCAUGCCAAAUGAUAUUGAGCGGAUAGCAUUUUGGCUAUUAAAUGAACCAUUUUCAACUAGCUUCAAACAUAUAUCUGACAUGAAGAUGAGAAAAGGUCUGGCCUUGGUUGAUAUCAUACGGGAGGUUACUAUGUUUGUGUUCAAAAUAGAAAUGCCAUCUGAUGUUCGUGUAAAGCUAAUCAAUAACUUGGCUGAUAUCGAAUACAGGCUAAGCUUUGCAUGCAACGAUAAACUGCAGCUGGGCGCACUGAUCUCAGCUUUCACAGAUACUCGCACGGCUAUGGUUGCUGCUGCCAGCUAAUUUCAGCAAUGUGAAGGAUCUCCGCCCCCCUCUGGAAUCUGAAGAUGAAGCACAUCUAUAUUUUGUGGGUCAUCGUCUUGCCUUUAGUGAGCAAACCGAAAGGUUUGGUGAGGGUUGUCUUAGAUCUGUAUGCCUGCUGGGCGUGAUGUGGUAGCUGCUACGAACUUGGGAGUACUUGUAUUAUGGAACACUGCCAGGCGUUCUUAAGUUAUGCGUGUAAGAUUUUAUCCAGUAGUGAAGCAAUUACAACCCGACCCAACCCAAUCUUUGAUGAUGUUA